AUUUAUUCGCCAGAGCGCAGAAGAGAAAUGAAGUGUGAUUGUGGAUAAAACAGGCAGUGAAACAAUGGGCUGUCUAUCACUGUCCAAAACGGGUAUGGCCUGUGUCACCUUUCUUCUUUACGCUUCUGUCUUUCGAUAUUAUUUUUUUUUUCUCUUCUCGGGUUUGCUCUUUCCUUUCUCUCUUUUUCUCCAGACUGUUGAUACUCCUCUCAUUAAAAGCGGGCUACUGGUGACACUUGUAUUAUUUGCCUCGAUACUACAUUCUUCCCGGAAACAAAGUCGAAUGUCAUGGACGAGUUUGAAACCGUGCACGUCGUUCACGAUUUCACUGCAGAGAACGAAGACGAGAUUUCACUGAAAAAAGGAGACCCUGUUCUUGUCAUUGAGAAAGACGAAGAGUUUCAAGACGGUUGGUGGCGGGGUCGCAAUGUUCAUGGCGAGAUCGGUUUAUUUCCAACGAACUACGUAUCGAAAAAACCACUCGCGCUUUCUUCUUUGGAACAUAAAAUCGGCACGCUAGAAAAUACUCUAUCCGCUAUGCAACUUGGCGAUAAUAUUAAAAACAAUGGUCAGCAGUUAUCGGAUGCCAUGGCAACAAACACCACCCAUUCGUCCAAUACCAUCGCACCACCACCAACGACAACGACGACGACCCCAUCCUCGGCCAAGAGUCAACGCAGUAGUACCAAUAGCAACAAUAGCAAUGCCACUACAGCAACGAGCACAACGACGAAUACCACGAGCCGCGUCGGAUCAGUUUUAAAACUCAAUCUCCAACGGACGAUCGCAGCAUCUUUGUCGACACCGGCAUUGCAUGAUACGUCCCCUGAAGAAUGGACUAUUGAACAGGUGGCCUCGUGGUUAGACACAGUCGGAUUUAAGGACAUGAUCGAUCCAUUUAAGGAUCAGGAAAUUACGGGUGAUGUCUUAUUGGAGCUUACACAACAGUCAUUGAAGGAACUGGGCAUUGUUACAUUUGGCAAGCGAUACAAAAUCCAUAGUGCUAUCCAGGCACUGAAGCAAGAAGUUGCUCGUCGUGAUCCUCUUCAACAAGAAGAACAGCAGAAACAAUCAAUGGCACCGUUGUCGUCAGAUACUGAUACCAACCAUCAACAGGCUGAAAAACCAUAUACUCAGCAUAAUCAAUAUCAUCAUUAUCGCAAUGGUUCGUUUGAUGAUAAUAGCAGCGUUUAUAACGGAGGUGGGGGUAGUGUUAUUGCAAGUCCAGGUGUUUCAAGAAAUUUGCCCAUGGUAUAUCCGGGAUCGUCUGGUCUCCCAUCAUCAGUGUGGUCUUCACAAGAUUCGGAACCUGAGCGACGGGGAAGCAGCAAUAUGUCAAGUAGUGCGACAAUCGGUGAUUUGCAUAGCUGCAUGAAUCCUUUUAAUAGAGCGCCUUCUGUUUCAGCCCCUUUAAACAAUAAUCGGCCAAGAGUUUCCACCAGUAUCCCACGAUCCUCGACAGAAUACGCUUUUCGACAACCUACGAGUCCUUCCUCAUCCUACGGUAGUUAUGCUCAAUUCUCCUCGUUUUCAUCAAUUGUUAAGGAGGGCCCAUCGAUCGAUCAAAUGAGAUCAAUACGGUCGACUCAGCAGCAAAACAAUCGACCAAGCUUUCUCCGUGGAUCGUUCCUUGGCGGCAACAGUGGAUCAGGAGGAAAUUCCGCAAGCAGUAUUUUUUCUUUAGGAGGAGGAGGUGGUGGAAGUGGGCGCAAAUCUGUUGAUUUGAUAGCCAAACGCAACACGCUUGCUGGCGAAGACGGAAAACCAGAUAUGGAAGGAUGGCUACAUAAACAGGGCGAUCGAUACAAAACUUGGAAUAAGCGCUGGUUUGUUCUAAGAGGUCCUAAUUUGUUCUAUUUCAAAAGCUCAAAGGAUCUACGCGUUAAAGGCAUUAUCAAUUUGGUUGGCUAUAGUAUUAUCCCGGACGAGACGAUCCAUUCUGGGAAAUACUGUUUCAAGAUGCAACAUGAAAAAGAACGGACAUUCUACUUCUAUACAAGCUCUAAAGAAUCCUUGAAAAGUUGGAUGCGUGCACUGAUGAAGGUGACCAUUUCUCGAAAUUAUACAGAACCGGUCUUAUCAUCCAGCUCUAUAGCAACCGUGUCUUUGGAAAUGGCUCGACGCAUGCGACCGCGACCGCCCUCGACGAUUAUGGAAAUUAACGAAGACGGCAGAAGUCAACAGCCUAGGCGAAGCAUAUCUGAAUCACAAGCAUUCUCACCAUCAGUGAUGGAAGCCGGAGGUACACAAAGUUCUCCACUGCCACCACCUCCUGUCAUGCGACAAUCGCGAUCUGAGAAUAUCAUGUCAUCCUCCUCCUCCUCAUCAUCACCACCAUCCUUACGCCGACCACCCAUGCAACCUGUAAACCACUACAAUCAUCCAUUCACGGCUGAAGAGCCCGUCGUUUUAAGCCGAAACACAAGCGACAGCAUCGAUACAUUCGGCCGUUCCAUGCAACGCGAAGCCAGCAACAAUCAUGCACAUCUCAGCACUGUCUAUGACGUACCGGACGAAGAUGAUGAAGAUUUAAUUGAUCCACAGCAAGAUCAUAUCACAAAGCUGGAAUCGAGCGAUGAUUUACAUCGGCAUAAAGAAAACGAGUUCUAUAUCCGAUGGGUAAACGACAACAUGAGUAGCAACAACAGUGACGGGCAUCAUCACGAACCGAUUCAAAGUCUGGCGCAAAUGAAAUCUGGCGAGCCACUGAUUGGAUUGUUGGAAGGUCUUAGCGGCAAAACAGUACGAAGACAAGAUAAUGACAAAUCAAAUACGCCGAGCAUGAUAGCAUUGGAUACGAUUGUUGCUGCUUUUCGAUUCAUGGGCCGUGUAGGCAUCACAGUGGAUGGUAGUUUUACCAUCAAAGAUGUGUUUGGUGGUGAUGAAACCAAGGUCAUGGUGAUGUUGGAAGCAAUCAAAGACUGGGCUGAUGGCCAGAGUACAUAUGCUCAGAGACAGUGAUAAGAAGAUAAAACACAAAUGAGCGUUAGCCUCCUCCUCACACGCAUUCACCAAACCAAAAAGUCGUCCUUCUCCUCCUCUCCCCUUCUCUCACUCGUUUUCCGUACAUACGCUAUAGAUAGACCACUACUCACCAUUUCCUUUUAUUUGUAUUAUUCUACUUUUUUGUCAUCUCUUUCUACGUACUUAAGCUAUAUUGUAUUAAUUAA